AGAAAAUCACGAGACUCAGUUACUUUGAGUUUAUCGUUUGUGGCACGCGUUUGGUUAAGUGGACGAUUAUUACAUAUUUAACCCAUAUUGAGGGCAAUGGCGACUCGGACUACAACUAUACAACAGCAAUGGGAUGUGAAAGAGAACUAUUAUGACCAAGUACUACCAAAAGAAUCCGAUAUGUUACAGCCAAUCAGGAAGAUGGAAAGACGCGUUGGUUUCGUCACGCCGAUAAUAUGGUCUGGUGCAAUAAUCAUAAGCUUAUUCCAUAUCAUUGUGAUAUCAUAUUUCGCGUACUUUUUGUACAGCGGGAGACGAUGUCUUCGAAGCACGUUUGUAAUACAAUGUAUAUUUGGCAUUAUGGCGGGCCUAGGUGUCACAGCUGGCGCCCAUAGACUUUGGACUCAUAAGUCUUAUAAAGUGAAAAAGCCUGUGAAGAUAUUGUUGCUAAUGUUUUACGCAACUGCUGGCCAGAAUAACCUUUACAACUGGGUCCGCGAUCACCGCCUACACCACAAGAAGUCUGAGACAUCUGCUGAUCCCCACGAUGCCAACCGAGGGUUCUUCUUUUCACACGUGGGCUGGCUGAUGAUGAAGAAGCACCCGCAUGUUAGGACUGAGGGUUCUAAGAUAGAUAUGAGUGAUAUAACAAGUGAUCCUAUGUUGGUGUUUUUCAAUCGAUACUUCAACAUCCUCAAAUUCCUGUUCUGCUUCCUGAUACCGAUAAUUGUGCCAGUUUAUUUGUUUGGGGAAGAGUUAUACGUAUCCGUGCUGUCUAGUUUUGUGCGGUACAUUAUAUCAUUGAAUGCGACUUGGUCUGUGAAUAGCUUCGCACAUAUGCAUGGGUUGAAGCCUUAUGAUAAGGAUAUAAUGCCUUCAGAAAACAACCUGGUGUCUAUAUUUGCACUUGGAGAAGGCUGGCAUAAUUACCACCACACGUUCCCCUGGGAUUACAAAGCCGCUGAGUUGCCAUAUUUCAUCAAUUUGACCACCCUCUUCCUUGACUUAUUAGCUUUUACUGGCUUGGUAUACGAUAUGAAACAAGCCUCGCCAUCUUUAAUAAAGGCUGUUGCUGAAAAAAACGGAGAUGACAGUCGAAAACUUGAUUAGACAUGAAUUAUCUUUGUGAUGUUACAAAUUAAUUUAAUUACGUUUAUGAAUCUGAUGUUAAAAUUUUUGUCAUGUAAGAGAGAAUGGCUGUUGAAGAGUAAUUUUAAUAAAUAUCUGGAUGUUGUUUGUAGAUAUGAGCUUCUAUUUAACUAAUACAUCAUUGGAUAUAUGGCAAAAGUUAUAUAUUGUAUUUGUGAUAUGCUUUAAAAUGGAUUAUCUUUAAAUAUAAAUAAUUUUUAUUUUUAAAUAGGAAAAUACGUA